UUGAGGGUUGAGUGUUAACUAAAUUAAAACACCAAAUUAGUAUUACUUCCCUAGUAAGAGAAGUAGGACCGUGUUAUUUAUUAUUUUAGUCUCCAGCCAAAUUAUGGACAACUACAGAUUUGGCACAGUGGACUACAUUGUGCUAAUGGGCAUGACGGUAUUAUCCACGGGAACAGGCCUAUAUUUCGGUAGCGUCAGGAAAUAUCAAAAAAAUCUAGAAGAAGUGAAAGUGUCCCAGCCAGCAAUCCCUUUAGACAACCGUCGAACGAAAAAUGUGGGGUCUGAGAAGAUAGACGAGUAUCUUAUGGGGUCCCGUAAUAUGAAAGUUGUUCCUGUAGCCAUUAGUCUUAUAGGCAGUUUCGUAUCGGGAGUUACCAUUAUAGGCAUGCCGUCAGAGAUUUACCAUUAUGGUACGCAGUAUUUUUUCAUUAUCAUAGGAAUUUUUCUUCAAGGAAUUGUCAUCUCCUACGUUUAUUUACCCGUGUAUUCUGCUCUCCAAGUUGGCUCAGCUUACGAGUACUUGGAGAUGCGAUUUAGCUCGAGUGUUAGGAGCAUAGCUUCUUUCCUGUACAUUUUUGGUGUUGUAACAUAUUUGCCAUUCGUUGUAUUUGUUCCGGCGUUAUGUUUAAAUCAGGUUUCUGGCCUUAACAUUUACCUGAUUGAAUUGGUUGUUAUUAUAACUUGCGUAAUUUAUACCUUCAUGGGGGGUCUUAAGGCUGUGGUUCACACGGAUGUCUGGCAAGUGGUAGUUAUGUUUCUUUCCAUCGUGGCUGUAGCUGUUUUGGCCAUAUACUAUUCCAACGGCCUGGUAGCUCUUUUCGAAGAUGUGGAACAGGGUGGACGAUUAAUAUUGGACAACACGAAUCCGUCUCCAUAUGUCCGUCAUACCGUUUGGAGCGCUCUAAUCGGUGGAUUCUCAUACUUUACCUCUAUUAACGCCAGUGGUCAACAUAUGGUACAGCGAUACAUGUCACUACCUUCCCUGAAGAAAUCCCAAAAAGCCUCGUGCCUUUUCACCAUUGGAGUGGCUAUUUUUGUCUUUCUAAGUUGUUUCAUGGGAUUGAUAAUUUUUUCGAAGUACAAGGACUGUGAUCCCCUGAGUGCUGGACUGAUUACGAAUGACGAUCAACUACUGCCGCUGUUUGUGGUCCAAAGUGUGGGUCACAUUUAUGGAAUGCCUGGUUUAUUUAUAGCCGGAAUAUUCGGAGCUGGCCUAAGUUCACUUUCGUCGUGUUUCAAUACGAUUUCCCUGGUAUUCCUGGAGGAUAUAGUUCGUGGAUUAUUCAAAAUGCAGCCCAGUGCGAGGGUAUCCACCAUUCUGAUUAAAACCAGUAUUAUCUUCCAGGGAGUUUUGGCAUUUCUCCUUGUAUUUCUACUAAAGUACUUGCGAGGCAUUUUAGGUGUUUGUAUGUCGAUAGCGUCCAUUACAAGUGGCACUGCUUUGGGCUUAUUUACCCUGGGAAUGCUGGUUCCUUGGUCGAAUACCAUUGGCGCAGCGGUGGGAGGGAUAUCGAGCAUCCUGCUGGCAGGAUGGAUUACCUUUGGAUCACAGAUCGCCGCAGCAUCCGGAAAACUUAAAUCUCAAAUGCUUCCUGUGUCCGUGGAGGGAUGCUUGGGAAAUGUGACUAGUCCACAAGAACACUGGGUGGACCAAGAGCAAGUGUUUCCACUGUUCCGUCUAUCCUUCCACUGGAUCAAUCCAAUUGGAGUAGUCACCGCUGUAAUCGUAGGUGCAUUGGUCUCUCUCGUAACGAAACCCACUGAUAUCAAGUCUCUCCGCUCGAAUCUGAUAUCGCCGGUGAUCCAUAGAUUUCUACCAAAAGAAUGCUUUAGAGGUCGCACCCAAAAUUAGAAGACUCAAGAGAUUCUCCUGGAACCAAAUUGUUAGGAAAAUUCUG